CCGAGGACCUGGCAUGAGCUGCUCGCGUGCUCGAGUCAUUCUUAUACCUCUUCUUUUCUCUCUACUGAGUAGCCUCUGAAUCUCCAAACCCUCGACAUGCCAGGAUAUCUGUCUACGGUUAACGACCUCGUCGCGGGAAGUGUGGGCGGCGCGGCGCAGGUCCUCGUCGGUCAGCCGCUGGAUACGAUCAAGACGAGAGCACAGACGGCGCCUAAAGGCAUGUUUACAGGGCCUAUGGACGUCCUCACCCAGACGAUCCGCAAGGAAGGCUUCUUCGCGCUCUACAAGGGCAUGGCCAGCCCCCUCCUCGGAAUCGCCGGCGUAAACUCCCUCCUCUUCGCGUCCUACGCAUGGUCGAAGCGCAUCGUCUCUCCCUUCCCGCAGCUCUCCCUCAAAGAGAUCGCGCUCGCGGGCGGCAUGGCCGGCGCCAUCAACUCCGUUCUCGCGAGCCCCGUCGAGAUGUUCAAGGUCCGGAUGCAGGGGCAAUACGGUGCCGCGACGGAUAAGCGCCUGCGGGACGUUGCGAGGGAGAUGUGGACCGAGUGGGGGUUCAGGAAGGGCGUUAUGCGCGGGUUCUGGGUAACCGUUGCGCGUGAAAUACCGGCGUAUGCUGGGUUCUACUCAGGCUUCGAAUUCACAAAGCGCCGCUUCCAGAAGACAUACGGCGAACAGAUACCCAUCUGGGCGCUCCUGACGAGCGGAGCCACCGGAGGCAUCGCAUACUGGCUCGCAUGCUACCCAAUCGACGUAGUGAAAUCGCGCGUCCAGCUCCGACCGACGCCGCCAAAGGGCAACCCGUUCCGGUACAUCAACCACGAGAUCCAGGCUGUCGUCGCCGAGGGCGGAGUUAAGGGUCUGUUCAGGGGUCUGACGCCAUCCAUCAUCAGGACCAUACCCGCCGCUGCGAGCACCUUUGCGGCGUUUGAGCUUACAAGAGAGUUGUUGCUCACGUCUACCGGAGAAUGAUCAUCAUGUAUCCGUAGCAAGAAACAUGUAUUGUCGCAUCUUCAAUGACGAAACAAACCUUG